AUGCUGGCGCGGGAUUUGAUGUUGUCUUUGCUCAGCGGGGGAAAGCUUCUUCUUGAGUUACCGGACGAGCCAGCUGCAGUUUCAAGCCUGAUGACCGCACUUGGCCAAGCCGCGUCAAAGCUUCGGGACGUCGGCCUAGCAACCGCGCUCGAUCCGAUAUACGACCCAGCUGCCAUCGCGCAUGGCUGCGGCAGUACGUGCUACGGCAACGGUUCCUCAGCCCACACACAACCUACCCCUGGUUACCCAAACCAUCACCACCACGGCAACUUCGGUGGUGGGGGUGGCGGGUCGCCGUCUUCAUCCUACGACUCCCCCAGCAGCGGCGGCGGCGCUACACGCCGCUCCCACGACAGCGGCGGAAGCGUCUACGUGUUUUGCGCGCGCGCAGUUCCCAUGCCGCCAGCAGCUGCCAACUCAGCUGACGGCACACUCGCCGCCGCAGCCGCCACGUACACGGUGGGCAGCUCUAUGGGUCAGGAGGUGCUGCCCGUCGGCCCCAGUGUCGGCGUCCAUACGCUGCUGCCGGCGCUGCUGCGGGCCGUCCUACGUGAUGGCCUGGUGACAUUGCGCUGCUGUUGGUUUGAUGAAGAACUUGGCACUUAUUCCCUGUGGCCAGACCAGAUGAAGGGGGUUGCCGCCGGCGGCGGCGCCAAUGGCGGCGCCACCAGCGGUCAGGAGGACUGUGAGGACCACGAAGGUUGCGACGCCGCCAGCCUCUGGAGCACGAGCAUUGGCAACAGUGCCAAUGCGGGGCCAUCUGGGUCGGCGGGCGUUGGCGCCGGGCCCGUCGUGGCAGACGCCCAAGCUGCUCGAUUGGCGGCCGCGGCCGCCGCGGCGGCUGCAGCUACUGCUGGAGGCCUGGUUCGCGUGCCCUGCGUGCUGCGCGCCAUUUUCAAAUUGGACCGCCAGCUGCGCGGGUUGGAUCUAGGGGGCCUUGUGGUGCUGCCGCACACGUUUGCCAGGUCCUGCCGAGACAGCCGCACGCAGGUGCUGCACCUGGAUGUGGUCAUCGCUGGCAGCGGCAACGGCAUCAUGGGCGUGACGCAGAGGAGGACGGCCCGCACCUGUUAA